AUGGCGGCCUUGGAUCAUCUCAGCGAGAGGGACAAAGCAGUGCUCCGGAGCAUAUUCGACCCCACAGCUACAAUAGCUGCUGAUGUAGUUGAGGACGCUGCUGACAAGUUUGUGGAGGAUGAACAAGAACCAUCCACUGAUACUUACAAAGAAUCUAUCGCGCUGUCUGCCGAAGGAGUCCGGUUGGCAGAGGCUGGCAAACUGGAUGAGGCGCUAGCGGCCAUGACGAGAGCAGUAGAGGCUGCGCCAGAUCGAGCUGCCGCGUACAAUGACAGGGCACAGUUACUACGCAUGAUGAUGAAAGAUGAUGUCGCUAUGGCAGACCUCAAUCGCGCUUUAGAUCUGACAAAGGGAAAGAAAACACGCGCACGCGCUUUAGCGUUGUGUCAACGGGGCGUGCUUCUGCGCAAACAAGGGAGCGAUGACGAUGCGCGCGCAGUUUUCACUGAAGCUGCUAAACUUGGCAGCAGCUUUGCUAAAAAACAGGUAGUGGAACUGAAUCCAUACGCAGCGUUAUGCAACCAGAUGCUCAGCCAAGUGAUGAGAGGAGAAAAGGAGAUCAAGUUAUAAUAUUACUGCUUCAGUUUUUUAAGAACCUUGUUUUUGGAUGUAU